AUGAAAUGCUUACUGCGCGCGUGCGGGACGGCACUGGGGAAUACUACGCCGAGAUGCACUGCGAGGAGGGGUUUUGGGAUUCAGACUCAGACUCAGACUCAGACUCGGGCUCAAAGGAGGAAGGCGUCGACGAGGGCCGGGAAGGGGUUGAAAUAUCCGGUGGCUGAUCACCAUUAUGAUGCGAUUGUUGUUGGUGCUGGAGGGGCCGGUCUACGUGCGGCUGUUGGGUUGGCCGAGUCGGGGUUGGAGACUGCUUGUAUAACUAAACUGUUCCCUACUCGAUCCCAUACCGUUGCCGCCCAAGGAGGUAUAAAUGCAGCUCUGGGGAAUAUGACAGAAGGUACAUCAUCCCCAUUAUCAGGAACCCCUAGAAAUACUUAUAGGAUUCUAGAUGAUUGGCGCUGGCACAUGUACGACACAGUCAAGGGGAGCGAUUGGUUAGGUGACCAAGACGCAAUCCACUACAUGACGCGCGAAGCCUCCAAAGCCGUCUAUGAGCUAGAAAACUACGGCAUGGCUUUCUCUCGGACGGAAGAUGGACGGAUCUACCAACGUGCCCUAGGAGGCCAAUCCUUAAACUACGGCAAAGGAGGGCAGGCGUACCGGACAGCAUGUGCUGAAGAUCGAACCGGCCAUGCUAUGUUGCACACGCUGUACGGUCAGAGUCUGAAGCAUGAUACUAACUUUUUUAUCGAGUAUUUCGCCCUGGACCUCAUAAUGGUCGACGGGGCUUGCGCGGGCGUGAUAUGUUUGAGCAUGGAAGAUGGGACGAUCCAUAGGAUGUUUGCGCGGAACACCGUCCUCGCCACGGGAGGCUACGGAAGAGCGUAUUUCUCUUGCACAUCAGCACAUACCUCCACCGGCGAUGGAAACGCCAUGGUAGCACGAGCAGGCUUGCCAAACCAAGACAUGGAAUUCGUACAAUUCCACCCUUCCGGCAUCUACGGCGCUGGAGUGCUCAUCACCGAAGGCGCUCGGGGCGAAGGUGGGUACUUAUUAAACGGAAAUGGGGAGCGCUUCAUGGAGCGCUAUGCGCCCACAGCAAAGGAUCUCGCAUCCCGAGACGUAGUCUCGCGCUCAAUGAACAUGGAGAUCAAAGCCGGGCGCGGCUGCGGACCAGAAAAAGACCAUAUCCACCUCCAACUCUCCCACCUACCCAAGGAAAUCAUCCGCGAGCGACUCCCCGGUAUUGCGGAAACGGCAAGUAUCUUCUCCGGCAUAGAUAUUACCAAAGAGCCCAUCCCGGUGCUCCCAACGGUUCAUUAUUGCAUGGGUGGUAUCCCUACGAAUUACAAAGGCCAGGUGAUAUCCGUCGCUGAAGAUGGGAAGGAGAAGACAGUCCAAGGCCUAUAUGCCGCUGGCGAGGCAGCAUGUGUCUCGGUCCACGGCGCGAAUCGUCUUGGGGCCAAUUCAUUACUUGAUAUCGUAGUGUUUGGCAGAGCGGCAGCUUUACACAUCGCGGAAAAUAACGACAAGGGAGCACCACAUAUUCAAGCUCCAGAAGACGCGGGCAAUCAAUCCCUGGAGGACCUCGAGAGGAUAAGAACCGCUUCAGGCGAUAUCCCCAGCGCUAAGCUCCGUCUCGACAUGCAGAAAGCAAUGCAAACCGACAUCGCCGUGUUCCGCACGCACGACUCCCUCUCCUCGGGCUACUCCUCCGUGCAGCAGGUCGAGCGGGAUUUCCUCGAACGCCUCAGUGUGACGGAUAGGAGUCUGAUCUGGAACAGCGAUCUGGUUGAGACGCUGGAGAUGCGGAAUUUACUAACGUGUGCAAGUCAGACCGCGAGGAGUGCGUUGGAUAGGACGGAGAGUCGCGGGAGUCAUGCAAGGGAGGAUUUCCCCGACCGUGAUGAUGCGCGCUGGAUGCAUCAUACGCUGAGUUGGCAGAAGGAGGGAGAGGAUGUAAGGCUUGGAUAUAGGGAUGUUGUUAUGAAUACCCUGGAUGAGACUGAGUGUGCUAGUGUGCCGCCUAUGACGAGAUCAUAUUAG